AAUAAUCAUUUAUAUUAUUUAUAAACAAUUUUUGUGCAUUAACUUAUAUAAAAAAUUGGAUUCAAAAGAUAAAGAUAAGUACUUGAUUUCACUUAGUUAUCUAUAAUAUGUAUCGUUAUUAUUCGUUAUAUUUUCAUUAAAAAUGCCUAAAAAACGAAAAUCAAACUUGAGUUCAUCAUCAGCCAAAGCAAGAAGCAACAAACUUCUUCGCCUAUCUGAAACUCAAUGUGAACGAGAGGAGAGACUGAAAAUUCAGAAAGAAAGGAAAAGUAAUUUACGAGCUAAUGAAACACCAGAACAAUCUGAAAUUCGCCUUGCUUCUGAUAGAAUGCAACAUGCUAAUAAGAGGAAAGUCGAAUCAGAGAUAGCUUAUGAAAGAAGAUUGGCGGAUGAUCGUGCACGCCACCUUAUUACAUAUCAUAAUGCAUCUGAUGAACGACGUAUCCACCGAUUAUCACGUGAUCGUCAACAGCACACUAUUGCACGCAAUAACGAAUCAGAUGAACAUCGUAAUCAGAGAUUGACUCACGAUCGUGAACACCAUACUUUAUCUCGCUCACAGGAAUCUAUAUUUGAUCGUGAAACUCGCCUAAUGAUCGACCGAGAACAUCACGCUCUUCAGCGACGAUCAGAAUCUGCAUUCAAACGCGAUGAAAGUAGAGCUGCAGCUAGAAAUAGAUACUACAGGUUAAAGAAGAAAAAAGAAGCAAAUUUUAUGAUGGAAAACGAAAGAAUUUCGGCUCUUCGUGAAUCAGAGUUUAACGACAGACGAACAGAAAGAUUGUCUUUGGAUCGCCAAUGGCAUACCGUCCAUAGACAGUUAGAAUCUGAUUCAGAACAUCAGCAACGAUUAAAUGCUGAUAAGAAUAGACAAACUCAGAGACGAAAUAUCCGUUGGCAAUCAAAAUUGAAUAGUGGUUUCUCCUACGAUCCGUCUAUUAAUUACAAACAGGAAUCUGAUGUUGGUCCAAUGACUAAGGUUUGUAAUUACUGUAAUGCAUUAAAGUGGGUCGGUGAAUCUGUUGGAUUAUGCUGUUCAUCAGGUAAAAUUCGAUUAACACCUUUACUUGAACCUCCCGAACCUUUAAAAUCUCUGCUGGAUGGAAAACACGUUCAAUCAAAAUCAUUUUUGAACGCUGUAAGGUCUUACAACAAUGCUUUUCAGAUGACUUCAUUCGGUGCAAAUAUUGUAUCUGAGGGAAACUUUAUGCCGACUUUUAAAAUCCAGGGACAAGUAUACCAUUUAAUUGGUUCAUUGUUUCCUGAAAGUGAUCAACCUUCAAAAUUUUUACAGAUAUAUUUUAUAGCUGAUUAUAAUGAGCAAAUUAAACUUCGAAUGUCCUAUAAUAAUAAUUUAAAUAAAAAUCUCAUAACAGACCUACAAAAUAUGCUCCUUCAAGUAAAUCCUUAUGUGCAUGACUUUAAAUCGGCUUUAGAAUCUAUUCCACUCGAAAACAAAGAUAAUUAUCAAUUAGUAAUCAAUGCAGACCGUAAACCAAUUUCCGAUCAUAAAGGCCGGUAUAAUAAGCCUUCUACAAAUGAAGUAGCUGUAGUGUUAGUUGAUCAAGAGUGUCAAAAGAGAGAUAUUGUUCUAUCUUUGCGUACAGGAGAUCUUCAAAGAAUAAGUGAGACUCACCGGUCGUAUGAUGCCCUUCAAUAUCCACUUAUAUUUUGUCGUGGAGAAGACGGCUAUAAUUUUAAUAUAUUUCAUUCUGGACAACAAGCAGAAGACACGAAUAAAAAAAUUUCAGCUUUACAAUUUUACUGCUACAGACUUAUGAUGAGAUCUAAUGAGUUUAAUAAUUUACACCGUUAUCGUCAAAUUUCAAAUCAAUUUUGGGUUGAUAUGUAUGCGAAAAUUGAAACCGAGCGAUUGUCAUUUAUAAGAAAUAGUCAAAAACAACUUAGAGCCGAAAACUAUAUUCACUUACAAGAUGCUUUGCGCGUUGAAAAGUGGCAGAAACGAGGUCUUCCUCAUGCUCAUAUUCUCUUAUGGCUUGAAGAUAAAGUAACACCUAAUAGAAUAGAUAGUAUUAUAAAAGCAGAAUUUCCUAAUCCUCAGGAGGAUUUAGAUUUAUAUAAUAUUAUUAAAAAACAUAUGAUUCAUGGACCAUGUGGAAUAAUUAAUUCAAAAUCUCCGUGUAUGAAAGACAAUCGUUGUAGUAAACGAUUUCCGAAAGCAUUUGUAAAUGAAACGAUAACUGGAGAGGAUGGCUAUCCAUCUUACCGGCGGAGAUCAACGGAAGCGGGAGGAUUUGUCGCUCAAGUUAAGGUAAAUGGAAAUAAUAUAGAAGUAGAUAAUCGUUGGAUCGUCCCUUAUUCACCAGUAUUAUCCCGAACUUUUGAAACACAUUUAAAUGUCGAGUAUUGUAGCAGUGUGCAAUCUAUAAAAUACAUUUGUAAAUAUGUGAAUAAAGGAAGUGAUCAAGCAACGUUUGGACUUAAAAAUGAAAACGAUGAGAUAACGAAAUACCAAUCUGAGAGAUACAUUAGUACCUCAGAAGCAACUUGGCGUAUAAUGUCUUUCCCAAUACAUGAGAGAUUUCCUCCCGUGGUUCACUUGGAUGUUCAUUUAGAAAAUGGACAGCGAGUAUAUUUCAACACAGAAAAUGUUAUUGAUCAAAUUACUAAUCCCAAAAACACAACAUUAUUGGCCUAUUUUCAAUUAUGCCGAGAGGAAAUUUUCGCAAAGACACUUUUAUAUGACGAAGUACCUGCAUAUUAUAUAUUUGAUAAACAAUCUAAAGUAUUCAAGAGGAGGAAAAGAGGAAAUCCUGUUGAAGGUUAUCCUGGUAUUUUUAAAGAACACGUUAUUGGAAGAGUAUACACAAUUCAUCCUGGUAAUACAGAGUGUUAUUUCUUACGUCUAUUACUUCACACCGUUAGAGGCCCAACAUCUUUUAAAGAUAUAAGAACAGUUAAUGGUGUGGUAUAUCAAUCAUAUCAAGCAGCUUGCAAAGCUCUUGAUCUUAUUGAAGAUGACUCCCAUUGGGAUGAAACUUUAAAAGAAGCGUGUGUUACCGAUAGUCCAUUUAAACUAAGGCAACUUUUUGCAAUUAUUGUAGUAUUUUGUCACCCUUCUGACCCUAAAGAAUUAUGGACAAAGUAUAAAAAAUAUUUAUAUGAAGAUUAUGGAAGAAAAUUGAUAAGAAGUUUUCCUGAUAUUGAUUUAAAUUUACAUAAAGAAGAGCUUGAGAAUCGUUGUCUCAUAGACUUAGAAAAUACAAUUAUUUCUAUCGGGGGAAAACCUUUAGAUCAAUAUGGAAUGCCGAUACCGAAUAUUAAUGAUAAUUUUCAGAUAAACAGAGAAUAUCUAGCUGAAACAAUUAGAGGUAGUGGUAAAAUUGCGCUUGCAGUAGCAUCUUCAGGUAUCUCAGCAACCCUUUUACCUGGUGGUAAAACGGCCCAUUCCAUGUUCAAAAUACCGAUAGACAUUGACAGAUAUGAAUCACCAGUUUAUAAUAUCUCUAAGAAUAGUGAUAAAGCAAAAGUGAUGAGAGAUGCAUGCUUAAUAGUCUGGGAUGAAUGCACGAUGGCCAACAAGAAAGCAAUAGAAGCUGUUGACAGAACACUACAAGACUUACGAAACAAUACAAAAAGAAUGGGGGGCAUAACUUUUUUAUUUUCCGGUGAUUUUCGUCAGACUUUACCGGUAAUUACUCGAGGUACAAGAGCUGAUGAAGUGAAUGCAUCUCUUAAACGAUCUUAUCUAUGGAAUAAUAUUAAAAAACUAUCACUAACUGUAAACAUGCGAGUCCAUCAAGGAGGUGAUCCAAUUUCUCAAAAAUUUUCUAAUUUAUUGUUGGAUGUAGGGGGUGGAAAUAUAAACGAUGAAAAUGGAGAAGUAUCUCUGCCUGAUGAAUUAUGUUCAAUAGUACCAUCUAUAGAAGAUUUGAUAGAAAAAGUAUAUCCAGGUAUAAGAGAUAUUAAAAAUAAAGAGGACUCGUGGUUAUCAGAGAGAGCUAUUUUAUGUCCUAAAAAUGAAAUGGUAGUCCACGUUAUGAAAAUAUAA